AUGUCUCUGUUUCUCAGCCGAAUCUCGAAGCUCUCUGCUUACAAGGUGAAGAAUGCUCGCUUCUUCUCAUCGCUUCCUGAGUCGUCUCCGUAUCUGCUGCUGAGCAGUGAGAAGUUGGGAGAGACUUGUGAGGGUAACGAAACCGUACGUCAAAAGUUGUUCGAUCCGAGGAAGGAGGAAACAGUGAGUGGUAGUGAGAAAACCCUUCCCAAGGAGCUCGAAGGGGACAUUCUCGUGGGAGCAUCUAAAGGAUGGGUUCUUUCUAUGGACAAGAAGGAUUCUUCCCUACAUCUCACGGAUCUGUGCAAGCCAUGGGUCUCUUCUUCGCCAAGAGUCAUGUCCUUGCCAAGUCUAGGGUUCGAUCCUUGUGUCACCGUGAAACAAGUGUCUCUCUCCUCUUCUUCCCCUGACGAGUGCACUGUAGCUGCAAACUUCAGUGAGUCUCAGCUAAGUGUGUGCAGGACUAAUUGCGACUCUAGUUGGACUCAUUUCAAAACCCCUUUCCCACUCUUGCAAGCCUCUGAUCUCAUGUACUCCAAAAGAGACAAUGCCUUCUACUUUGCGAGUAACAAGGGUCUCUACAUGGGUUCGCUGCAUCUCAGCAGCAACAAGCUCAAGUAUCAAGAACUGCGCUUCAGUAGCCUGCCUAAGUUCCCAGAGGCUGAGUGGGAGAUGUUGGAUACAUGUUUCAUGAGCAAACACUUUGUGGAGUCACCCUCUGGUGAACUUUUCUUUGUCAAGUGGUACCGCCAGUUUUUGCACAAGGAGAAUAAUAAUAAUGGGAGGAGGGAAGUGGAAGAUAUUCAUAGCAAAACCAGGCGGUUCAUGGUUUUUAGACAAGAUGACAAUACCAAAGCCCUUUCUUACACUCAAGACAUUGGGGAUCUCUGCAUCUUCCUUGGCAAGAGUGAAGCUUUCUGUCUCUCCGCCAGCUUGUACCCGGGGCUCAAACCUAACUCCAUCUACUACAUUGGCUCUGGACUUGGUUCAUACCAUCUCCCUUCUGGUACUGUCCGUCCCUACAAUCCCCUUGGUUCACCUAAAACACUCCACGCGCCUUUCUGGCUUGAUCCUAUCUCUAGCUAGAGCCACUUGGGGUUUGGGCCUAUUUCAGUAAAUAAUAAUAAUAAGUGGUGAUCAGUCUUGCCACUGCUUUGUUAGGAUUUGUGUGUUCUACUACUUAGAUUUGCCUCUGGUUUUCGUUUUCCAUCAUUAGUGGGUCACCACCACUCCACUCGCUUUGAUGUGUUAAUCUAUGAAUUUUAAUAUAUACUAGAUUUUGA